AGGAGCUCGGCCCUCGACCCCGGGACGAGCCGCCCCUCACCCUGUCACUCCCAGACGCACCCGCAUUGCUGGCACGAGGGCCACUGGAUGUGCUUCGUGCAAAAGCCGCAUCCACUUCCAAAAGUGGGCUGAGCCUGCAGCCCAGAAAGCAGGGGGAGCGGUCGGGAUAGAGCUCCGUUAGCCGCCCAACGACCAGGGUAGUUUAGGAGCAUCCUGAAGUUCCGGGGACAAGAAGGGCCUACAAGCCAGCGAAGUUACAAAGCAGAGUGUCGUUCCUUUGAAGGAUGGGAUAUAUUUCAUUUCAACCCUGCAACAACCUCCUUUCAACUGUUUAAAUGAGAAUGUCCUUGGCUCAGAGAGUACUACUCACCUGGCUUUUCACAUUGCUCUUCUUGAUCAUGUUGGUGUUGAAGCUGGAUGAGAAGGCGCCUUGGAACUGGUUCCUCAUCUUUAUUCCAGUCUGGAUAUUCGACACUAUCCUUCUGGUGAUGCUGAUUGUGAAAAUGGCUGGGCAGUGUAAAUCUGGCUUUGACCCUCGGCAUGGAUCACACAGCAUUAAAAAGAAAGCCUGGUACCUCAUCGCAAUGUUACUUAAAUUAGCCUUCUGCCUCGCACUGUGUGCUAAACUCGAACAGUUUACUACCAUGAAUCUCUCCUAUGUCUUCAUUCCUUUGUGGGCCUUACUGGCUGGGGCUUUAACAGAACUGGGAUAUAAUGUCUUUUUUGUGAGAGACUGACUUCUAAGCACAUCAUCUCACUUUCUUUUGCUUUCAACAAGCUGUAAUAAAAGUGUUCUGAAACUUCACAAAGCUUCAAGAACUGAGUGGAAAAUACCAAAUGUAGUCUUACACUACUUCCAUGAAACAGGACUGGUGAGUCAACCCAAAGCUGAAUUAUUCAGUAUUUGAGUUAGUGAUACUGUCAUCAUCCUAUGUAAAUAAAGUUUGUUUUCAACCUUA